AUGGGAAGCGUGCGUUGGGCUUUCCCUUGUGGCGCUUGGCGACCCCGCCGCCGGGAGUGGCUGCUGGCCGCGCAGCUGGUGCAGCCCGAGGAGAAGGAGCGCAUCGGCCAGUUUGUCUUUGCCCGCGAUGCCAAAGCCGCCUUGGCUGGUCGCCUGCUGAUGCGGAAAUUGAUUGCGGAAGAGUUGUGCAUACCGUGGAAUGAAAUACACUUGCAAAGGACAUCAAAAGGAAAACCUUUCCUGGCCAAUAAUUUCCUUGGUAUCCGUUCAAAUUAUAACUUCAAUGUCUCUCAUCAAGGAGACUAUGCAGUCCUUGCAGCUGAGCCUGAGCUUCAAGUUGGCAUUGAUAUUAUGAAGACUGAUUUACCAGGUAGUAGCUCAAUUCCAAAUUUCUUUCACAUAAUGAAGCGACAGUUUACUGAAACGGAGUGGGAUGUAAUCAAGUCUGUGAGUAAUGAAUGGAGGCAGCUGGAUAUGUUUUAUCGGCACUGGGCCUUAAAAGAAAGCUUCUUAAAGGCUAUUGGAGUUGGAAUUGGCUUUAACUUGCAAAGAAUUGAAUUUAAUGUGUCUCCCUUGCAACUGGAAAUAGGCAAGGUGUAUAAGGAGACAAAAAUGCUUCUGGAUGGAGAAAAAGAAGAGGAGUGGACAUUUGAGGAAACCCGCUUGGAUGACCAUCAUCACGUUGCAGUGGCACUUGGGAAACAGGAGGGAUCUGUACAGAAGGAUUCUGAUGUCCGUUCCCUGGAGCCUAACCAACUGCAAUUUACAUUAUUGGCUUUUGAAGAUUUAGUUGCAUCUGGUAUUCCAGUCGCACCUGAGGAUUCUGCAUAUUGGGACAAUUUCUGUUCAAAGCAGGAGGGUCCAGUGAAACAGAGUUUGCAUUCAAAAUAA